CAAGUCAAGUGAUGCAUGCUGGAAAGAAAGUCGAUACUACUGAAUGUGAAGAACGGUGGAGCCCGGGUUGCAGCCUACUCGCAACUAGCUUGUUGUAAGGAAAUUUUCUGUGAUCUCAAUAAUUCAACCCAGGCUUUUAUAAACCGUCCACCCUACAUGACGAACGGAAUUCAGGCAGCAGUGGUAGAAUGGAUUAGAGCUCUGGAUUUAGAAAUAAUAAGCCUAUUACUGUCAAGAGCUUGGCCAAUGUCAUUAUUAGGAAUUAGUGAACUUCAAUGGCGACCAACCGAACUGAGAGAUACUGAUGAUGUUGUACGGCUGGAUAGGAGGCAAAGGUUGAUUAGAUGGGAUAGAAGACCGCCAAAUGAAAUAUUUUUAGAAGGGUUUGUUCCAAUUGUAACUAGAGAGAAUCCUGAUUGGGAGGAGACAGACUUAUAUGGUUUUGUGAAAAAUAAUCAUCCAUCCAUCUUUGUUUCAACAACAAAAACACAAAGACAAAAAAAAAGGAAAUAUGUUUGGACACCGAGAAGUGCCAGUCGCGGUAUAGUGUAUCAAUACGAAAUUUAUGCUCCUGGCGGAGUUGAUGUUAACGAUUCCUUCUCAGAUGCAUCGCCAUAUCAUAAUCAAAUGGAAGUUGCAUUUCCUGGAGGAAUACAAAAUAUAUAUAUUCGAUCAGCAAGGGAACUACAUAACGGACGAAUUCAAAGAAUUUGGUUAAAUCCCAAUUUCUUGGAUCCCGGUGAUUUAGAAACCAUUGCUUCUUCUUCAAGAACUCCUCAAGUCGUGUGGAGAAUAAACCAUCCUGAUGGUGGACAUAAAGAUGGACGUUCUGAGAGAUCAGCAGGCUCUCAUGAUGACUUAAUGUACGGUGGUGAAGGUGAUGUACAAGAGGAUACGUUUGGUGAUGAGUCUAAUAACCCAAGACCAAUUGCAGCUGGUGAAUUUAUGAUUGAAAGUAUAAAAGAUAAAAAUUCCUUUUUGGAUUUAAGUAAGAAUGUCAAUGGCGGAAUUAUUCACAACAACGUAUAUAGUGGCGGGAAUAGCCAAAUAUGGGUAUUUAGUUAUCAUGAUAAAAAAAAGGCCUACAAAAUAAAAAGUUAUCAAAAUUCUAGUCUUUUUUUAAGCUGGGAUAGUAAUGCUCCAUCUAAAGAAAUGAUUCUCCGAGGAUAUACAAAUAGCGGCAGCAAUAACCAAUACUGGCAAAUUGAACAGACCGGUAAAAAUUAUAGACUUAGGAAUCUUCUAAAUCUAGAUAUGAUUAUAACAGCUCAGGAUAAAUCUAGUGCAUUCGGUGGAAAAGAAGUUAUUGUAAAUACUGAAAUAACUAAUUCUAAUACAAAAAUCUCUCAGGAAUGGAAAAUGAUUCCUUUCGAUUUUCGGCCGAUUAUGGAUGGCGAUUACAAUAUAUUUAAUCUUGACUUAUCGAAUCAAGUUGUUGACUUUAGUAAUCAACCCGAUUUAUUGGUCCACGGGCAUGAAUUUUGUGACAAUGAAAAUCAAACGUGGCACUUUACUUACAAUAGUACCCAUCAUGCUUAUCAAAUAUGGAGUGGUCGAAAAUCAAAUCUUUUGUUGACUUGGGAUAGUAACGCUGCGUCAAAAGAAAUGGUUGUUCGAGCAUAUACAGAGAGCAGGAGUAAGAAUCAAUAUUGGCGUAUUGAACCGACCAGCUCAAAGUCUUGUAAACUUAGAAAUUUGGAAAACUCAAGUAUGAUUUUAGGUUUAAGUAAAGUUAGCACUCCAAAUGGCGAAUUAAAUUUAAUGGUUGAAGAUGAUUCUGAUGGUCAUUCUAAUCUACAUUCAGAUUGGGAUAUUAAACCCAUCUUUUAUCAGUACAUUCCAGAUGGUGAUUAUAAUAUAUUCAAUGAUAACUUUCCAAAUAUUGUUGUUGACUUUACCAAUCAAAAGGGUUCAUUGAUUCAUGGUAAUAACUACUGUAGCAAUAAUAAUCAAAAAUGGUCAUUUAUCUAUGAUGGAAAGAAAAAAGCUUACAAAAUAAAAAGCGGUGUGCGUGCAAAACUUUGGUUAAGCUGGGAUAGCAAUGCCUCAUCUAAAGAAAUGGUUCUUCGUGCAUAUACAGAGAGUGGGAGUAAGAACCAAUAUUGGCGCCUUGAACCAGCCAAUGACGGAUCAUACAGACUCAGAAAUCUGCAUGAAUUUAAAAAGUGUAUAGCUAUAACUAAUAAAAAUACCCCUUAUGGAGGCAAAGAACUUAUAGUGUCAGAGACUAAAGAAAACGGUAACACUUGGUAUCUUAAAAACCUAGGGGAAGUAGGUCUACCAAAUAGAAAAUUUAGAAUUGCAACUAAACUAAAUUACAAAAAAGUAAUCGAUUCAAGUACAUCUUACAACUUGAUUAUUACUCACGACCUAAAUUUUGCUUCGAGCAUAUGGAAACUUGUAUAUGAUUCAAGUAAAAAAGCAUACAAUAUAUAUUCCUCGGACAUCAACAACUUAGGAUGGAUAUAUCAAAAUAAAAACUUUUUGGUUAAGCUGGGCAAUAUCGAUGGUCCUGAUCAUGGAGAUCUGAGAUAUUUUUGGACGAUAGAAUAUAGCAUGCAAACUGGUUGCUAUUUAAUAAGAAGCUUAUAUGACCCAGCUCUUGCAGUUGGUUAUACUGACAAGGACUCUGUAAUCACCGAUACAUCAACAUAUGCGGAUAAUCAAUUAUUUCAUUUCAUUCUAAUGUAAGAAUUAGAUAGAGUUUACUCAAUAGUAAUUUAAAAUGGAAAAUUUUAACAAAUAACCCUGGUUAAAUUAAAAUCAAAAUAUAAUUUAUUCAUAAAGCUAACACGCUAUAUUAAAUUAAAUGCUUCUAAAAAUAAUUUUACUGCCAGUUGUGUCCCCGUAGAGCGAAAACCUAUUUCGAGACAAUGAGGGUUAAACUUUUGAAACAUAUACAUUGCCAUAACUGUAGCAUGUCAUGACAUAUUUUAAUGUUUUUAGUUUCAUUUUGAAGGAAAUCAAAUUAAGUUAAAAUGAUGCUAGGCUACCCAAAGUGAUUAUUAAGUUAUUACCUAAAAAAAACUAUUAAUUAUUUGUUCUCUGUAGAAUAUCCGAUGUAGUUAUGAAUUAGUUAAUAGUCGCACUUAGUGAUUUUUCACUCAGAUCGAGUUUAUUUUUAUAAUAAAUUACUUGAGAUGCGUUAUUUACGACUAACUGGUAGAUAUACAAAAUAUACAUAAUGGAAAAAAAACUUAAGAGUUAAAAGGCAUUUAGUUUUAUAAUAGUAUACAAUCAAACUACUUUUAUAUAAACAAUCUUCUACACUUCCUAUGGAUUAAAAAUGUUGAUAUAAAAGUAAUUAAAUCCUUUAUUAUUAUUAGCUAUGUAAGUUUUUGAUAAAUAAAAGCUCUUUAACAAGAAAUUAUGAGUUAUAUAGUCAUUUAUAUAAAAAUAAACGAGACAAUUUAAGUAUGGAGCCAUAACGUACACCAUUUGACCUUUGAUUUGAUUCUAUUCUUAAUAUUUGAGUUAACUUAAUUUCGUCUCGCGAGGAAAUACUCCACAAUCUAUACAUAUCUAUACACAUAUAUAUAGCGAUCCUUUAAAUUAUAUCAGUGAUCAGAUGUGGAAACAGCUUGCUCCAAAGUUCAGUGUGUAAUUUUAUAUGUAAAAUAAGCUGGAAUUAAAUGUAUGUCAAUAAACUUUAUUCACAA